GCGCAGCAUUUCGCUGCCACGUAAAUCUUGACCCGGGGUCGCCAAAUGGUAGAAAAUUCGUCUGCAGGACUGACGUGCGUUUUUCUGUUCUCACACCACUAAAGGGCUCAAAAUGUGCGGAAUUUUUGCGUACUUGAACUUCUGUGUGCCAAAAAAGCGGAAGGAGAUUUUGGACAAGCUGAUCAAGGGGCUUCAGAGACUGGAGUACAGGGGCUAUGACUCUGCAGGGAUUGGUGUGGACGGUGGAAAUGACAUUGAGAAAAGCGAGCAGCCCACAAUCCUCAUCAAGAAGAGAGGAAAGGUCAUCAACCUUCAGGAGGAGAUUCAAGGAAGGGAGGAUCUGAACUUUGACCUGGAGUUUGACACCCACCUGGGCAUUGCACACACCCGCUGGGCGACCCACGGUGUACCCAACAACGUCAACAGUCAUCCCCAACGCUCAGACACAAACAAUGACUUUGUUGUUGUUCAUAAUGGCAUCAUCACCAACUACAAGGACAUCAAGAAAUUCCUGAUUGGAAAAGGGUUUGAGUUUGAGUCGGACACAGACACAGAAGUGAUUGCUAAGCUGUUGAAGUACAUGUACGACACCAGGGAGAGUGACAGCAUCACAUUCAGGGAGCUGGUGGAGGGAACUGUCCAACAGUUGGAAGGUGCCUUUGCUGUUGUGUUCAAGAGUACCAAGUAUCCCGGACAGGCUGUUGCUUCAAGGAGAGGGAGCCCACUGCUGAUUGGUAUCGCCAGCAAAAGCAAACUGUCCACAGACCACAUCCCCAUUCUGUACAGCAAGGAGCCCAGCAAGAAACUGCUCGGUGCCAACAAAGAGAAAGGCAACAAAAUAGGUGCUGGCAAGAAUGAGGGAGGUACAUGUACAGUGACUGGAAACAACCAAGAGGCCUUGAACACUGCCAACAGUACAUCCAGCUUCCAGCCUGCAAAUGGAGACGGACAAGUGGAGUACUUCUUUGCAUCAGAUGCCAGUGCCAUCAUCGAGCACACUAACCGUGUCAUCUUCAUGGAGGAUGAUGAUGUGGCCGCUGUGACAGAUGGAUGCCUGUCCCUGCACCGUAUCCGGCGCUCUGUAGACGAGUCAUCCACCAGACAGGUCCAGACUCUGCAGAUGGAGCUCCAGCAGAUCAUGAGAGGUAACUACAGCACCUUCAUGCAGAAGGAAAUCUUUGAGCAGCCCGAAUCUGUUGUCAACACCAUGAGGGGCAGGAUCAACUUUGAUGCCAACACAGUUCACCUGGGUGGUCUGAAGCAGCAUAUCAAUGAACUGAAGCGCUGUCGCCGCCUGAUUUUCAUCGCAUGUGGGACAAGUUACCACUCAGCGAUGGCGACUCGGCAGCUGAUGGAGGAGCUGACAGAGCUGCCUGUGAUGGUGGAGCUGGCCUCAGACUUCCUGGACAGGAAAACUCCCAUCUUCAGGGACGACGUCUGCUUCUUCAUCAGUCAGUCUGGAGAGACAGCAGACACACUGAUGGCCCUGAGGUACUGUAAGGGUCGUGGUGCGCUGACUGUGGGCAUCACUAAUGUGGUGGGCAGUUCCAUCUCCAGGGAGACAGACUGUGGGGUACACAUCAACGCUGGGCCAGAGAUCGGUGUGGCCAGUACCAAGGCCUACACAAGCCAGUUCAUUGCCCUGGUGAUGUUUGGUUUGAUGAUGUGUGAAGACAGAAUAUCCAUGCAACAGAGGAGGGCUGACAUCAUCAAGGGUCUCAAGGAACUGCCAGAUAAGAUCAAGGAUGUGUUGAAGCUUGAUGAGGAGGUCCACUCUCUGGCCCAGGAGCUUUACCAGCAGAAGUCAGUCCUCAUCAUGGGGCGUGGCUACAACUUUGCUACAUGCUUGGAGGGAGCUCUGAAAGUGAAGGAGUUGACGUACAUGCACUCGGAGGGUAUCCUGGCAGGUGAGCUGAAACAUGGACCCCUGGCACUGGUGGACAAGGCCAUGCCUAUCAUCAUGAUCAUCAUGAAAGAUGGAACUUACACAAAAUGCCAGAAUGCCCUGCAACAGGUUGUUGCCAGAAUGGGCCGGCCCAUCCUGCUGUGUGAGCAGGGGGACACCAUGUCCCAGAAGGAAGCCCACCGUGUGAUGGAGCUGCCUGGCAUCGUGGACUGUCUGUCUGGGAUCCUGACUGUCAUCCCGCUCCAGCUGCUGUCCUUCCACAUCGCUGUGCUGAAGGGCUGUGAUGUUGACUGUCCCCGGAACCUGGCCAAGUCUGUUACUGUGGAGUAAAGAUGCAAAACAAGUCUUCCAGCAGGCCAGUUCAGAUUUCCCAGGAGUUGCAGUACUCUGGCAGUGACUUUGACGAGAUUCAUAAAAGUCAACAAUUAAUUUCAGCAUUACAGAAUAAACUGCUGCCCAUGUUUGUCAAAAGCUUUAUCCGUAACAUAAACAUUAAAAAAAAUUGCCAUUUUCCGAUAGGGGUAAAUGCAACGGCCAUACAGGUUGGCCAACAAUAUUUCACCCACAAUGAGGCUUUGCCAGUAUUUGUCUGUUUCUGCCCCCAAGAUUUUUGUGGAAACAAUUUUUAGAAAAGAAUAUUUAGAAAAUUACACUGAGGAAUAAGAAACAAAGACUUUGUGAACACCAUGUCUUAUUCAGAAGAAUAUAAGGCUCUAUUUUCUGGUGUAUAAGGUUGAUAUGACUUUUUUAUCAUAUAUGGAAGAGGGUCCCAGCAUAUAGCCCUGAAUUAUACUUACUUUAAUCUAAAUGUUAAAUGAUAGAGAUAUCUUCAAGUGCUGUUUUUAAAUACAUGUAGUAUUAGAAAUAUUAUUGAAAUCAAUGGAAUAAUUUCUUACUAAAUGUGUAUACAGGGCUGAGUGGAAUUUUCUGCAGUAAAAAGUCUGUACAAUCUCCCAGUAUGUAGCAUGUAUGUAGUUGUAAGAAUGUUUUAAAAAGAAAUCUGUAGCAGUUCCAGCCUAUACAUGGUAACUGUCUAUUCUCUACAUUAUAUGUUAAGAACCUGAAAGUAUUUUGGGAUGUUAGCAGAUGUUACUUAAGGCUCUGACACCAAAGCAAAAAGAAGAAUUGUUCUUUAUUUCUCUUACUAGUCUUAGUUAUUGAUAGAAAGUUGUUUUUUUUUGUUCCAUGACUGUGGAACCAAGUUUUGUAUAGACAAGUAGAUAGAAGUCUUGUUUGAGAAACUGUUACUAUGAAUGUAGACUGCAUCAACCGUACAUUUACUGUAGAACCUAGUCUUGCUUUAGAAACUAUGACAGAAUGUAUAUUACAUCAACAGUUACUGUAGAAUAUAGUAUUUUGUCUGUUUUCUUUAUGUGAUAAUUAUAGUUCUUGCACUUGUAAAAGUACCAUAUGUGUGAUUUUGUUCUAUACAAAUGUGAUGAUCUGAUGACGUGAAUGAGAACAUCCGUGCAGAUCCUGGUGCCUUAGAACACUUCAGGAACAGCGAUAUGUAUCCAGAAUUAGAUUUUGUGAUCAAUUACACAAGCCUUAGGGUGGUACAGGGUUCAAAAUACCCACUAUCGCUGCACAUUGCCAUGUUUUCUGUGUGAAUCUUGUUGGAGACACCAGGUUCCUGGUGUGCAGGUUUUCCUGGUGUGCAGGUUUUCAUACAAAGUGAUCGUUUUAAAGCCCAUCACAGACAGCACGUGAGCAAUAUAAGUGUGCCUGGCUUAAAGUUUGCCCUCAAAACAUAACAACCGGUGUUGACGGCAACCUGAAAUAUUGAAGGGCAACCUCGUUUUUGGGUUUGGUUACCCACACUGGGCAACCUGAGAAAAAAAGUAUAUAUUUCAAACCCUGGUGGUGUUGACAUUGACAUGGAUCACACAGUGGAAUGCAGUGAGUGCACCUUUCAUAUGUGAUGUGAUGUUUUUAUUCAUGGACUGUCAGUGGUCAUUUAAGAGGGUGCAAACUUGUUAAUAUGCAAUAAUUACAUGAAUUAUAAUACUUGGAUCUAAUAACUGUUUUUAGAUAUAUGCCUCUAGAACCAUCUGUAUACAUGUAGAACCAUGAUAAUUGUACUCUAUGUAGCCAAAUACAAGCCAGUAUCUGAAUUUAUCACUGUAUGUAUGUAUGUAAGGAUAUAUAUAUAUGGAUUGUAUGCAUCAUAUAUAAUUACUGUCAAUGAGAAUUCUUGAGAGCAAUAAGAAAUGUAACUUUGCACGGAGCUAUUUUACUCUGUACCAUUGUAUUCUAAAGUCACCAUUGAAAGCUCAGUAGAGACAUAGAUUUUUAUGUUUCUUUUUCAUUUAUUACAGCUUAGUAUUAGCACCUGGAGAAAAUUAUGUUAGAUAUCUGUGUGCCAGCUUUGAUGAACGUUCUGAAGAAAACAGAAAUAGGAUCUUCGAAUGAAAGCUCUU